CACCCUGCACCCACUACUGUAGUCCUGUAGUGCUUUGGAAAAACACAGCUGCUCUUGUAACUUGUAUGCUUCUGCAACAAUGCACUUUUAGAAAGCUUGUUAGUUUAGCCAAAGUCAAACCAGACAGAAAGAACAGAACAGAAAAGAAAAGUGAAGAAGUGAGAUAUAAGUAGAAUAAUAAGCAGCAGUGGGACAGCUUUAUCAAUCUGCACCUUCUACUGAACUUUCAAGCUUAUAAAUCCACAAUGUCAACUAACACACAGAAGACCAGGAGCUGUCCUAUCCCGACCCGUGUGAUCCAGCUGAAGGACUGGUCCCAGCUCCCAGACUGUUACAGCCAGACUCCUGGAGGAACCCUGUUCUCCACCACACCAGGAGGCACACGUAUCAUUUACGACAGAAAGUUCCUGCUCGAGUGUAGGAACUCGCCGAUCGCUCGGACCCCACCCUGCUGCCUGCCUCAGAUUCCCGGGGUGACGGUUCCUUCCAAUCAUCCUCUGGGCAAACUGGAAGAACUGAAAGAAGAGCUGGAGGAGGAAAAGGAUGCAGCAGCUGAUGACAGCCAGUUCGAGAUGGACAUUUGAGCCUGUGACAUGCCUCCUGUGGAGAACCCAUUUCUGCUGGGACGCUGCUACAUUUCGCAUCGACGAGCUCUCACUGGAUCCACUCGGUUCCGUUUGAAGGUUUUUUUCAGAAACAAACACUCAGAGGGUGUUUUUCAUGUGUUUACAGCUUUACUUCAGGAAUUACAGUAUGUCAUCAGCGGUAUACAAAGAAAAGAGACUGUGGACGUCUGUGCAUCUUUUAAAUGAUUCUUAUUGUACAUAUGGUACUUUGUAUUUUUUUUUUUUAAGGGAAAUGAUUAGAUUUAUUUAGAAGGGUGGGGGGUAAUAUGGUAAAUGAAUAUACAUAGAUAUUUCAGAAGAAAGUAAUACGACAAAUGUGCCAAACUCAAUCUGUAAGCGACAGAAUUCAUCAUAUUUGAAAAUAUGUUUACCCCAACGUAUUUUUCUUGCCUGUGAGGUUUUCUCCAGGUUGAGUUUUUAUUACUUUUAUUAAACUGUGACAUAAACAAAUAUCAUUUGAGCUGAGUAGUUUUUAACCGAUGUUUCAUAAACGUACACGUAAACACUGGGGUGAAAUUUUUGUUAAACAUAAAAAGUUAUAUAUAAAAAAAAAUUUAAAAAAAGAAUAAACACAAAAACGUACACAGCUGAGUGCAGGACAUGUACACGGGAGCUAGACAGAGGACAGGACGGGAUUACGGUCGAGUGCAGACGUUUGCACACCUUCAGGAGAUGUUUAGAGUGUUUUUCACAAAUCACUUCCUCACAGGUAAUAAUAAUAAUAAUAAUAAUAAUAAUAAUAAUAUACACAUUUAAAAAAUUAUCUUGUAAAUUGACACUAACUGCCAGUAAAGUUGACAGGUCUUCACUGUUAUGACAUGGAGUGCAUAUUAAUACCUGUAAAAAAAAAAAAAAAAGAAAGUUUUUUUUAAAGUUCCAAAACUAUUGGAACAGCAAGGCCAAUUCCUUUGUUUGUGCUAUACACCAAAGACAUUUGGGUUUGAGAUCAAAAAACGAAUAUGAGACAUAUCAGGAUUUCAGCUUUACGUCUAGACGUUUUAAACAACUCUAGAACAUGGCUCCUUUUGUUUGAACCAACGCAUUUGUUCACGUGAUCAAAUGAAAAAUCAGCUUUUAUUUCCUGGUGUUUACACCUAGAGGUUAAUCUUGGUUCCAGAACUGUUGUGGAUCAUUUCUGUAUUUCUUUAAGAAUUCCAAUCUGGCUUUCUGAUUCUUACUGCUGAUGAGUGGUUUGCGUCUUGUAGUACUCAACUCGUAGCAUCUAUAUUUCUAGACCCAAAGUCUUCUUCGAACGGUGGAUUGUGAUACCUUCAGCCCUGCCCUGUGGAGGUUGUUGUUGAUGUCACUGACUGUUGCUUUGGGUUUUUCAUCACAGCUCUCACAAUGUUUCUGUCAUCAGCUGUUGUUGUUUUCCUUGGCCGACCCGUUCGGUGUCUGUUGCUCAGUACAACAAUGGUUUCUUUCUUUUACAGGACGUUCCAAAUUGUUGUAUUGGUUAUACCCCAUGUUUCUGCGAAGCCUCCGAUUGAUUUUCAGUCUUUUCUCAGCUUCAGCUUCAAAACGGCUUGCUUUCCUCCCAUAGACAGCUCUCUGAUCUUCAUGUUGGUUUAUCCCUUUUAACAACAAAUACAGUCUUCACUGAAGCCUAAAACCAAGACUAGAUGUUCAGAGGUAUUUAUUGUCUAAACAGUCAAUCUAACAGGACACACCUGGGUAACGAGAAACACCUGUCAGUCACAUGUUCCAAUAUUUUUGCGUGGUCUGAUACAAAAUGUGCUAUGUUCCAUGUCGUUUAACACGUCUACGUAUAAACACCAGGAAAUAAAAGAUGGAAUUCUAAACUCUCUUCUCCUAUCCGUCUUUUGAUCUCAAACCCAAGUGUCUUCACUCUACAGCAAAAACAAAUCAACCGGCCUUGCUGUUCCAAUACUUUCGGAGGGGACUGUAUACCGGUCAUGACGUCCGUAUUAUAAGGCUGGUAUUUUGGUCUAAAAUAAAACCAUGUUAACCAUCUUAACGGAGGAUACUCCAUUAUGUGAAUAUAUAGUCACACUGAACACAUCUCAACUCCACUGAAGACCUCUGAGAUUUUGGCACGAGGUGUUAAGACGGCGUUCUUUUGGAGGUUUUCAGCUCCAGAGACGUGUACAAUCUGUCAGCAGGCGCGUUGGAUCUGUCCUGUAGAUAUUUUCAGACAAAAAAUGUUAUGAAUGAAUUCAGGCUAUCAGGGAUUACUUGCAAAACCAGAAGCAAGUGUAAAAGUCAAAGUCUACAGAAGAACUGUGGCAUGUUCUCCAAGAUGCGCAGCUAAACUUAGCGGUUAAUUUCCUUAUCAAACAAAGCCACGAAUUGUACCUGAGACUACGGAUGUGCUUUAAAAAAGGAAAGGGUUAUCACACCAUGUUGGAUCUCUUUAGUUCAUUACUGUGUACUGCUCUUUAUAGUAGACCUUUCUAGGUUGAAAAUGUUUCAUUGUAUUGUUUUUGAAGGCUUUACAGCAUUUCCACACACACACACACACACACACACACUCAGUUCCAAACUAAUUCAUGAUCCGAAGAGAACUCAAGUAGUAGUAGAGCAAAACU